AUGGAGAACUUGACCAUGGAUGCGACCGACAUGUCACGGUUCAACGCAUUUUCCAUCAUCUCCGUCGGCUAUAAAACAGUUGGCGACCAUACAAUCACUGCGGAUGUGCUCUAUCCCAAGACCUUGAACGACUCAACGCAGCAACACAAGUCACCCUCCGGCCCCCGACCAGUCCUACUUCGCUACCACGGUGGCGGCCUUAUUGCGGGCUACAGUCUCUUUCCUCCGUUCUUCAGCCCGUGGUAUCUCGAAUUAGCGCAGGAGUAUUCAGCCGUCAUCGUUUCCCCAAAUUAUCGACUGUUGCCAGAAUCUUCUGUACUGGAUGUGCUUGAGGACGUGGAAGACCACUGGCAUCGGAUGCAUCAAUCGCUCCCCGCACUACUGCAGCGGGAAACAAAAGGUACCGUGGAGGCAGACUUGAGGCGUAUUAUGACCGUAGGCGACAGUGCCGGCGGAUACCUCAGUUUACAAAUGGCUUUAAAUCACCCAGACGAGAUUCGGUCGGUCAAUGCCGUUUAUCCUAUGGUUAACCCGAAAGCAUCCUACUUCAGCAGUGGCGAGGAGCGACCUGUGUUCAACCUCCCGACUUAUCCACUGGAUACGUUGAGAUUACACCUAGACUAUGUUAGGAGGCAGGAGGCAGUCAUGCAGAAGCCUGUGAUUGUAUCCGCCGCUGCUGAUGCUGAACGAUUCCGCUUAAUGUUCGCGGCAUGCCAGCACAGCCAGCUAGGUCAAAAUUUCCCAGAAGCCCCCAUUACCCCCUAUUUGCUUGAAAGGCUCGAUGCCGGAGCACGCUUUCCACGUGGUGGAGUGUUGAUACUUCAUGGACGAGAUGACAGCGUGGCCCCUGUCACAGAGAGCUACGCAUUGCAGGGAAAACUUGCCCAGGUUGACCCCAACCUCAACUUUCGACUUGUCGUGCGGGAUGGCGAGCAUGGAUUUGAUCAUUUGGCUAAAUUACAUGAUAAUUGGUUAUGCGAUGCGAUUCAGGACAUUGUUAGAUCCUGGUUAGUCUGA